AGGUUAUGGAUGAUGACAAUUCAAUUACCAUCCAUAACUAACACGUCAGAGCCUAGAGGGAGAGUGCAAAGGAGAAGGCAGUGAGGUUCAUGAUGGUGUAGAUCCUAGACCAAAAGCAAGAAUUGGAUCUGACUAAGGUGUCCACAGUCCCCACUUUACCUGUGUAUGCUGCAGCUUAGGAAUACAGGUUCAAGAUAGUAAGAAAUUUCAUCAUGGUUGACUACAGCAAGUGGAAAGAUAUUGAAAUUUCUGAUGAUGAAGAUGACACUCAUCCAAACAUUGAUACACCAUCUCUCUUCCGCUGGCGUCACCAAGCCAGGGUUGAGAGAAUGGAAGAGAGAAAGAAAGAGAAGGAAGAGUUCCAGCAAAAAAAAACAAUGUAUGUGAAGAAGAAGGCUGAGUUGCAGAAGAAACUGGAAACUGCUGGGGGAGAUCCUUCCCUAGAAGAUGACAUCAAGAAAAGACUUGCAGAUAUUGAAAUUGAAGAGAAGAAGAUCACACAGGUAGAAGAAGAAUUGGAGAAGAAAGAGAAAUUGACCCCAUGGAAUAUUGACACAAUAUGUCGUGAGGGAUUUGAAAAGACAAUCAUCAAUGUCCCCAAAAAGAAACAAGUAGAGCAUUUGACAGAAGAAGAGAAAGAGAAACGCAUGCGAGAUUUUGUUAAGAAGCAUGAAAAAGAACUCAAGCAUUAUGGAACACUGCAGAAGUUUGAAGACAGCAAACGAUAUUUGCAAGAUAGGCUUCACCUAGUUUGUGAGGAUACUGCAAACUACCUUGUCUUCUGGUGCAUAAACUUGGAGAUGGAAGAGAAACAUGAUUUAAUGGCCCAUGUUGCCCAUCAGACAAUAUGCAUGCAAUUCAUCUUGGAGUUGGCCAAGCAGUUAGAAACUGAUCCCAGAGGCUGUGUUUCAUCAUUCUUCAACAGAAUCCAGUUAGCAGAUGUUGCAUACAAGAAGGGCUUCGAAGAUGAGUUAGAGUCAUUCAAAGAAAGAAUCCGUAAGAGGGCUCGUGAGAAACUGGAUGAAGCUGCUGAAGAAGAGAGAAGAGCACGACUUGGCCCAGGAGGCCUUGAUCCUCAGGAGGUCUUUGAGAGCCUUCCAUCUGAUCUGCAAAAGUGCUUUGAGGUUCAGGAUACAAACAUGCUGAAAGAGGUGAUUGCCAAAAUGCCAGAAGAUGAAGCUCGCUAUCAUAUGAAACGGUGUGUGGAUUCAGGACUCUGGGUGCCAGAUGCAAAUAAGAAAGAUGAUGAUGAAGAAGAAGCUGGAGAGGAUGGAGAACCAGAAGCAUCAGGAGUUCAGGGAGAAAGCUCCUCUACCAGCAACACUCUGCCUUGAGAAGUGAAUGAGGAAUUGUGAUGUAUCCUCCCAAGAGUCUCUAUGCUUCUGGGCAUAAUUGAAUGCAAAAAGAUUAUAAUGAAUUUCUCCCUUUGCAUCACUAUCAUCAGCAUCAUCCAUAUUGCUUCAAUUCUGAGCAGUUGUUCAGUGAACUGAUGCAUGGAUCUGGUCAGCUGAACUCUGAAUGGUGUCCAUCAAGGGAAUGCUUUUCAUGUAAAAAAAAAAACUGUCCAAGUUCUUUUCUGUAUCAGCUUCUUGUCUUCAUGGUCUCAUUUUGCAGUGUCUCAUGAAAAAUCUUUAGUUUCCUUUCA